AUGCAGAAUUGCGGCGACAACUCGCCGCAAUUUACCAAGACCUUCACAGCCGGGACUUUCACAACCGGGACCUUCACAGCCGGGACCUUCACCACCAGCAAUGCCAGCACCGGCACCACCAGCAACGCCAGCACCGGCACCACCAGCAACGCCAGCACCGGCACAACCAGCAACACCAGCACCAGGACAACCAGCAAUGCCGGCACCGGCACCACCAGCGAUUCUUCCACCGGCACCACCAGCGAUUCCUCCACCGGCACCACCAGCGAUUCCUCCACAAAGACCAAGGCGAUGGCAAAGAGCCGGAAGAAACCGCUACAACCCAAACAACCCAAGAGGAAGAGGAAGAGGAGGAAGGGAAAGAGGAGGAAGGGGUGGAGGAAUGAAGAC